UGAAAUCCAAACGUUGAACGAAAUUGUUGCUCUUUUCGUAAGCUCAACAGCGCAAAAGUCAAACAAAAACACAAGUGUUAUUCUACUUUUAUUCCAUUUUAUUUUUGUUGUUUUUUCGUGUGUGUGUGUGUGUGUGCGUGCGUGAUACUUGUACUAGUGUUCUGUUGUUGUUGUUCUGUGAUAAGCACAAACUUUGUCAAAAAGAGAAACGCAAAACAAGAAUAACAGCAAAUAGCAAAUAGCUUCGACCACGCACAAGAUCAUUCCACAAUAUAUUUUUUCUUAUUGCUACUACUGCUGAGCUGUCUACGCAUAAUAGAUUCGUGACGUUUCCACGAGCAGCUGAUAAGGCCUCUGUCUCUGUCGCCUCCACACAAAGUUCGCGUACUGUCUCGCGUACUCUCUCACGGUCUGUUCCCUCUCUCGCCCACAACUGCUAGUGAGUGAGUGAGUGAAUGACAAACGGAGCUUUGCUUUUUGGGAGAGCUCUGAACUCGAAGACUCGCUAAUCGGCAGUGACGCGUCGUCACAACUUUGCUGCUGGCAUUGCUCUCUGGCACUUUUAGCUAACCAGUCACAGCUGAAGCAGCAGUAGCCGCAGCAAGCGAAAACAAACGAAAUGCCGCCAACUCAACCAGAACAACAACAACAACAAGCACAUUCCUAUAGCAAUAGCUGCAAUUCCGGAGCACGCGAGCGCACACAAACCAUUGGUGAAACGGACAUGGAUCAAUCGGUGCUCAAUGGACUACACCUGGGCACCGAUAUAAACUAUCACGGCCACAAGCGUCAGUUGGGCCACAGAGUUUUUGUGAACCGGUCGCUGCACUUGGAGAAUAUCAAGUACUAUGGUUUCGAUAUGGAUUAUACACUCGCAGAAUACAAAUCACCGCAAUAUGAGCAGCUGGGCUUCAAUUUGGUGAAGGAGCGCCUAGUCUCAAUGGGCUAUCCGAAGGAGAUAUUGCAGUUCGAGUAUGAUCCAACAUUUCCAGUGCGUGGCCUGUGGUUCGAUACGCUCUACGGAAAUCUGCUCAAAGUUGAUGCCUAUGGCAAUAUACUGGUCUGUGUGCAUGGCUUUGAGUUCAUCAAACAUCAUCAGGUCUACGAGCUGUAUCCCAAUAAGUUUCUCAAACUGGACGAGUCCAGGGUUUAUGUACUGAACACUCUAUUCAAUUUGCCGGAAACAUAUUUGCUGGCCUGUCUAACCGAUUUCUUUACAAACAGCGAUGAAUUUGUUCGCGUUGAACGCGGCAUCAAAGCUGGUGAUUUUUUAUUUACCUAUAAGUCGAUUUUCCAAGACGUGCGACGCGCCGUCGACUGGGUGCAUUCCGAUGGCGAUUUGAAGCGUCGUACCACACAGAACAUGGCGUACUAUGUGAAGAAGGACAAGCGGCUGCCAACUGUCCUGUCGCGCAUACGUGAAUCCGGAGCCAAGCUAUUCAUGCUGACCAACAGCGAUUACACCUACACCAAUGAGAUCAUGACGUAUUUGUUUGACUUUCCACACGGCGCGACUGACGAUGAGUCACAUCGCGACUGGAAGAGCUAUUUCGAUGUGAUUGUGGUGGAUGCGAGGAAGCCGCUGUUCUUCGAUGAGGGCACCGUGCUGCGUCAGGUGGAUACGAAGACGGGUGGCUUGAAGAUUGGCACGCACAUCGGUCCGUUGCAGCCGGGUCAGGUGUAUUCGGGUGGAUCGUGCGAGCUAUUCACCAAGUUCAUCAAUGCCAAGGGCAAGGAUGUGCUCUAUGUGGGCGAUCACAUCUUUGGCGAUAUACUCAAGUCGAAGAAGAUACGCGGAUGGCGCACGUUCCUCAUUGUGCCGGAGCUGGUCCGUGAGCUGCACGUGUGGACGGACGAAUGCCAACUGUUCGCGGAGCUACAGAAUCUCGACAUUAAGCUGGGCGAUCUGUAUCGUGAUCUGGACUCCAGUGCCAAGGUCAAGCCGGAUAUAUCGCAGCUGCGAACCUGUAUACGUGACGUUACACACAAGAUGGACAUGUCCUAUGGCAUGAUGGGCUCCCUAUUCCGAUCGGGUUCACGCCAGACCUUCUUCUCCAGCCAGGUGGUGCGAUAUGCCGACGUCUACGCCGCAACGCUGCUCAAUCUCAUCUAUUACCCGUUCUCCUAUAUGUUCCGCGCUCCGGCCAUGUUGCUGCCACACGAGUCAACGGUCGCCCACGAUCAGGCCCAUCAGCCGCCGGCGCCGCCCUCUAGCUCAAGCUCAUCGUCAGCGGCUAUUGAGGAUGCCAGUAGUACCAGCAGCAUCAUAAGCGCCUCCAAGCUCAGUUCUGCACUGCGCAACGACGAUGCUGUGUCCAUCAGCAACAGUAGCAAUGCAGCAGUCAAUGCCGCCAAGGAUGCCAAGGAUACCAAGGAUGCUAAGGAUGCCAAGGAUUCCAAGGAAGCCAAGGACGCCAAAGAUGGCAAGGACUGCAAGGACUUGCAUCGCGCUAGCUCUAUUGUGCACACGCGCCCAUCUACGCCCACUGUGGUGACUCACACCCACGAUGAGGACUACUCGGAGGAGGAGGAGACGGCCAGCGGCGCUGAGUCGCCAUUGGAGCAACUACAACGCGAAGCCUCCGACUAAUUGUGUCAGUGUCUGUCCACCAUAACCUCCCCCAACCCCCUCUUUGCGGAGAUCAACGAAUUUGCAAUCCAGUUUCUUUCGUCAAUUUAGCAGUUCUACUCCGUAUACCUAAACGAAUGUUGCAGGCUUCCUUGUUCUACAGGUGCAACUAGUGAGAAACAUGCGAUUUUUUUUCUUUCGAUUUUACAUAUACAGUUAUAAAGUCUAUACAAUAAAAAUAUAUGUACACAUAUAUACACACUAGCUGGUUGAUUCCAAAUGCCCGAAAUAUAUAAAUGCAUUUUGUAACAACAAAAUGAAUCAAA